AUGGCCGAAGGUGUUGUUUCAAUAGUGCUCGAAGGGCUCAGCAACCCUAUCAUUCAGGAAUUGAAAUCCUUGAAAUCCGUGGGUGGAAAGGUUCAGAGUGCACAAACCCAGCUACAAUUCAUGCAAGGCUACUUGAAAGAUGCAGACGCAAGCCAGGGACUCAAUGAAGCAAUACGCAUUUGGGUGGCAAGUGUCAGAGAUUCUGCUUAUGAUCUUGAGGAUGUCAUUGAAACUUAUGUCUUAAAAGUGGCUUUUAAGAGGAAACCAAAUAUUUUGACAUGGUUUACUGGCAUCUUCAUAAAAGGAGUUAAUCUUCAUCAGAUUGGCUCAGACAUAUAG